GUGUUCUCUGCAAAUGUGAGGUAACAUUUUGAGCACGGGUUGGAGACUCGCAGUGGUUUUGAGCACUUAAAGGAACAUUCUGCCGGCUGGUCCGGUGGUCUGCCGGUCCUCCCCACGGUGAACCUCCUCCGCCAGGCUGGCGAGAUGCUUUCCCCAACCCGUCCACAGAUCGCCGUCUCCUCACUCCUUUGUUUUUAUCUCGAUGCGCUGAGGCUCCACUGACGUCAACAGGCUACAUGCAUUGGAGCAUGAGAUGUCAGGAAUCGGAUAAAACGGGCUCAAGGGCCACCUGAAGGUCCGUCCGCGCCAGGAGGACUCUCGUUAGCGCAAAGAUGACAAAAUAAACCCACGCGAUAACCACUGACGUCAACAGGCUACGUGCAUUGGAGCACGAGAUGUCAGGAAUCGGAUAAAACGGGCUCAAGGGCCACCUGAAGGUCCGCCCGCGCCAGGAGGACUCUCGUUAGCACAAAGAUGACAAAAUAAACCCACGCGAUAACUACUCAUCCAAUUGCGCUCACCUGGGCUAUCUAUAUACAGUAUAUGAUGCACAGCGCCUUUGCGGACAUUGCGAUCGAGGAUCACGUGGGAAGAAAUGCGUCACGCCGGAUGUGACGACACGUGCACUGCCGCCCGGCCGGGUCGGACACGUCGCGCCGGAUGUGACGAUGCUCUGACGGCGGGCUGGUGAGCCUCCGUAAAACGUGUUGCGUUCUCGUCUGAAUUUGUCUAAGUUUGAAGAUGAAGAUUUAUUUCUGCGGAAGCAUCCGUGGCGGCAGGGACGACGCGUGCUUGUAUCAGCACGUGGUCAAGACGCUCGUAAAGUUCGGGAAGGUUCUCACGGAACACGUAGGCGACAGUGAGCUCACCGAUACAGGAGAGCAGUGGCAGGAUUCGGCCAUUCAUGAUCGCGACUUGGAGUGGCUCAAACAAGCAGAUGUGGUCGUCGCCGAGGUGACGCAGCCGUCACUGGGCGUGGGCUACGAACUCGGCCACGCCUACCUGAUGAAGAAGAGGAUCUUGUGUCUCUUUCGACCGUCGUCUGGAUUCAAGUUGUCGGCCAUGAUCCGAGGAGCGGCGGAUGGGGAGCGGAUGUUGGUGAUGGACUACAACGGCAGGGAUGAUGUGGACAACAUCCUGGAUAACUUCUUCAAAACAUAGCUUCGCUGAGUCUACUUCAUGUUCUCUCAUGACAAACAGACUGGGGCAGGUUGAAUUGAAUUCUCAAACUGCCUUAUUGUUCGUGCAGCAACAAAGCCAAGCAAGGUGAGGUCCAAGGAGGAGAGGGCAAAGAUAAAAGCAGAAAGGACAACUGCCACCAACCCAUUCCAGCGACACGUCAAAUCUAU